CAUUUUAGUAAAAAAUCGUGUGUGUCUAGUUGCCGUUCUUCAGUUUUACGCAAAAUUGUAAUAUUUCUAAGAUUAGAAUUCGUGAAAAUCACCUAUUAUCGGCAGUGAAUAGCAAUAGUUCGUUGCGAAACAUAAUUGGCUGGUGGAAACGUGCUACAAAUAGUGUAUAUUCGAGCUGGGUGCUGCGAAAGGUAGAAGUAGCGUUUCACUAACACACCAGCUCACAAGUGGAAAAGCUUCCAGAUUCCCGCAAGUUCGGGAGCACGAUCGAUUUUGUGGAAUGUUUUAGUGUAAAUUUGGUAAAAAGUGAUGGCUUUUUUUGCGUGUCGGCUGAUAUUAACUGGAGUGAUGUUUUUGGAAUAAUAUUGGAAGUUAGGUUGCGCGUAAAAUUGUGCUUAUUUUGAAAAGUGCUACUGGUUUUGACACUUACACAGUUACCUACACAGUGAAAAAAAACGAGUUUACUCUUCAUUUGCUGUAUUGACUGACACCGUGGUUGAUGGUGUGCGCUCUACGAACACAAACAUUCGAGCAUCCAAAAAAAACGCACGUAUUCUCCGGGAUCGUAUGUUCCUUGCUUUCUGCUGCUGCUGCUGCUGCUAUUGUCGCCGAUCGAGAGCCCGGGUUGGAUUGGAGCAUUUUUUCGCCGUUUCUGUCUUCGCAUCUUCUACUGAAUGAAAUUUAUUUUGACGAUUAUGAUAAUGCAUCUAUACGACGUGCCGGCAUACAACAGCGAUAUAUCUCGCAGGAUUGGUGGCUAACUGUAACUGUAACAAUUGCACCUUAUAAAACACUACCGAAUAGAAAGCAACAAUCCCACGAGACACACCGUCUCAACAAAGCGCUUGCCCCAUUCCAUGGUUCUCCAAAACCAGAAGGAACCCAAGAAGGGCUUGGGCUUAGCGCCCACUCACGGAGAAGGCGGUGGCGAGCUUGGGAGCAACAGUAUUAUGUCUUCAUCGUCGUCGUCGGCCAACGAGCAGCCAGUCAUCAAACGGCAGCGCAUCGAGAACGACGACGAAUCGAUCGAUGUGGUCGAUCGUGCCAACACAAGCAUCAACAGCAGCACGGCCAGCUCGAGUGGAAACUCGUCCAACGGUUCCUCGCUGGUCGCUUCGACAUGUUCCAGCUCGACGUCCCUUUCGUCGUCGCCACCCACGUCGUCAUCGUCGAUGUCGAGGUUCUCCGCGACGAAGCUUUUGGACGGCGGCGGCGGUGGUGGUGGUACCGCAGUGGAAGGUGGAACUGAUGAAGAUUUGCUGUCGAAGCAGGUGCAGGAUUAUCAGGCACUGUUCCAGGAAGCGAUUGUGAAGCAGUGCCUUUGCGGGGUGGAAACGAAUGUGCUGCUGAUGUCAUUCCAGUCGUACUAUGUUAAUGGAGGAGGAGGAGGAGGAGGAGGGAUAGGAUCGGAGAAAGGCAAGGGAGCAGUCAGACAGUUCCUGCCACUUAUUGAGUGGCCCUUUGAAUAUCUAUUGAAGUACCUGUCCAACGUACAAUUGCUUUUCGAUACGUACUUGAAGCAGAACAUCAAGGGCACCAUUUGCUCGGGAGUGAUGGAUUUGUGCAACUAUCUGAUUCGAAGUGAGAGUCAGCAUCCGGAAAUGGACUUUAUAUCGAUGAAUAUCGAUGAGAUUAUCGGACUAUGUAACUAUAACAAUAAGUUUAUCAAUUAUUUAUCCGGAAGAAUAUUGUCCUCGUUUCUUAUUAUAAUUAAGGACGAUUUGGAUGAUCGAUGGUUGGAGAAAAUUGUCGUGAAUUUGUUUGAUUUCAACCAGCUGGAUGUUUUGGCGGUGAAGAAAAUCAAUUUUAGCCUGGAUAUAAUCAAGCGAAUAGUGGAGUGGAAAGACGAAACGGAACAUCCGCUGGAAGAGGAAGCACACGGGCAGGGUCCGAGUACUAGCAGUGGAGAGGCAUCCACUUCGUCAGCAUUUCACCCGCCGCCUUUGGAGAAUAAUUAUUUCGCUGCUCACUAUGGUUCCCAGCAGUACGACAGCGAAUCCACUGCAGGGAAUAUUUUCACACCGCCCUCUUCUUCGUCGCCCAACAGUGGGGGAUCAACGCCCCUGGAGUCCAGCAUACACCACUCGCUGCAACAUCCUGGGCCCACAGCAGGUCCGGGACAACAAUUAUGCCAUAUCAUAACCCUGACGGAUUCGGAAAGUUUCGACACGACGAGAAUCAAGUGCGAGACGAUAAGUAUUCUCGGGAAUAAGUGGCCCGCGCUGGUGAAGAAUAUCAGCCAUAUGAUCCGAGCGCCGGCUGCUUCCCAGCCACAGAAUGCGCAAAGUCAGACGGCCAUCGCUACCGAGACCUGCAUCCUUACCUUUUUGCGCCUUUGGGAGAGCAUAAUUAGCGUGAAGGCGAACCUCUCCGUGGUGGACACCCAACCGUUCCAUUCGCAGCUGGAUCACUUCCAGCUGCUGCUGUUGUCCACGAAGAACUCCGUCAUCUACAAGCAGAUGCUAACGCUGUUCAACGAGGCUCUCUGCUACGGAAGUACGUUGGCGUUGCAAGAUUUCAUCCCCGAAGAAGUUGGUAGCCUGGCGCAUAAUGUCGUCCGGUCGGUGAAGGACCAUCGGAUACUGGACAAAAUGCCCAAAUCGACGUAUACCAGCGUGCUCGGGUUCAUUGGCUUCAAAGGGGAAGCCAUCCGAUAUCACAAUAGCAGGCUAUCGCCCGAGCAGAAGAAUGGACGCGGUGGAACGAACGAUGGUAGUCUUGCCGGCAAUAAUGGUAGUGGUAAUGCUAGUAGUGGUAGUAGUAGUAGUAGCAACAGUGCUUCCGGUAAUCCCAUCGGUACCUCGUGCUACGACCGGACGUUGAUGCAGAAAAUGGCACUAUUGGUGUUGAAAGCGGUGGCCGUUAUCGUGAAAGAGAUUCGUUGUGACUCGAGCGAUUCCAGUGUGGACAGCAGCGAUUUCGACAUGCAAGAGAUUCAGAUGAUCGAACGAAGCAUUCGGGAUGUGGUGAAAAAGUUGGAAACUUUCCUCAAAGCCCAGCUGGAAUUUCAUCCCGACAGUCACUUCAGCAAGGUUCUGAUCCAUCUGUUCGACGAUCAGGACGAUUAUCUAGUGGAGGCGAUGGUGUGCACACUGGACGUCACCUCGGGAAUCUCGUUCCGGAACAAUGCCUUCCCCGAGUUGAUAGCGAUUCUCAACCCGGUGUACACCUUCAUAGAGUUCUCCAAUCUUGGCCCAAACAUCACCCAUCUGUUCCUGGAUUUACUUAUCAGCACGGAGACUUGCUUCCUGCUGUUCCUGCUGCGGUUCCUGAAGUACGUGCGCCAGAACUGGUCCAUGUUCACCCAGAGCUGUCUGAGCUAUUACCAGCACAACAGCUACAGCAAUGCGAGCACCCUGUUGCAGAGCAUCCGCAGCUGCAACAUCGUGAUCAACAACAACAGCAACAACGUGAUCCUGGAUUGCGUGAUGACGGUGCUGAUAAGCCUGCGGCUGCAGAUCAGCCGGCUGGUGGCGGAUACGCUCUUUCCGUACAACAUCGGACCCAUCCUGCGGCUAAUCGAGAACUGCGAGAGUUUGUACGAGGGUAACGAGCUGAGCUGAGAUGUUGGCAUGAUCUCGGACAAUCAACGAGAUAAAUGUGACGUACCUGGUAACUGAGUCGGUUUUUCGAUGAACGAGAUGAAUAAGAGAAGUUGAGGCAACUUCACGCUUUCGGAGGUGACGACGGCUGGUCACGUGUUCUUGAUGUAGAAUUCGUCGAUCAAUUGCUUCGAGUCAGCCAAAGGGGGCUCAGACACAUUUUUCGGGUUUCGGCACCACUGUUGUAGACUUAGAUAAACUUAUUUUCUCUAUCCUCCGAGAGCGAGCGAGGCGAACUUGUCGAAAUCACUGACUUCUUCCAAUAAAUGAUGUACACAGAUGUAGAGUUGUAUGAUAAGAGAGAGUUUUAUUUAUCCACUUCGGGCUUUUAUAUAAUGCGAUACCAAUAGACAGAGGAAACAGUAGAAUUCAAAAUAAUUCAUAAUAUUCAAGCUUGUGUAAUUUCAGUACAUUGGAUUGAAGGUGUUCCAUACUUAUAGCAUGCACGGAAAAGUAUUUCUGAACACAUUAUCGUAUAAAAAAUGCAAUAUCAAACAGUGAGUAAACUUGAUAUCUUUUUU